AUGGUCGUCACAGUUCCCACUGCCUCCCUCGAGGGCCAGGUUGCCCUCAUCACCGGCGCCGGUCGCGGUAUCGGACGAGGCUGCGCCAUCGAGCUCGGCAAGCGCGGCGCCUCAGUCAUCGUAAACUACGUAUCAUCAGAAGGCCCCGCCAACGAAGUAUGCGAGAUCAUCCGAGGCUUCAAUAACGGCGCCAAAGCCGUCGCCAUCAAGGCCGAUGUGAGCAAAGUAUCCGAGAUCCACCGGCUAUUCGAGGAAGGAAAGCAGGCCUUUGGCAAGAUCAACAUUGUCAUGAGCAACUCCGGCACCGAGAGCUGGGACAAGACCGAGGAGAUUAGCGAGGAGAAGUACGACCAUGUUUUCAACCUGAACACGCGAGCGCAGUUCUUCGUUGGCCAGACGGCCUAUAAGUACAUUGAGGACAACGGCCGUAUCAUCCUCAUGAGCUCGAUUGCUGCUGGUCUUCUCGGUGUCAAGGACCACGCUCUGUACAACGCUUCCAAGAUGGCAGUCAUUGGAUUCAUCAAGGCUUUCGCUACCGACUUUGGAAAGCGUGGUGUCACUGUCAACGGUGUUGCGCCUGGUGGCAUCAAGUCUGACAUGUUCACUCAAAACGCAUGGCACUACAUCCCCGGUGGCACUCCUGAGUGGCCAGCGGAGAAGAUUGAGAACCUCAUGGCGAGCCACUGCCCGCUGGGCAGGUGUGCGGUCCCCGAGGAUGUUGCGAGGGUUGUGGCUUUCCUUGCUUCCGAGGAUGGCGGUUGGGUUAACGGACAGGUGCUUACCAUUUCUGGAGGAUCAUCUCAGUAA